CGGAUUACCGCCUGGCUCGGUGCAGCGGCAGCAGUAGCGCGCGCUCCCGCCGCAGCGUCCGCCUCACGCGCUCUGUCCGCGCUCUCCGCUCCGGCGUCGCUCCGUCACUCCAUCAGUCCGGCUCUCCGGUUGGAGAAGAUGACCGUGAUUCCUGCGCUGCCAUCUGCGAGCUUCACCUCCUCGCGCAGGGAAGAGAGGGAGUGAAUCUCUCUUUUCUCUUUAAAUCGGGGAGGCAGUCGACUCUCAGCACUCAUUCAAUCUUAUUCGUUCUGUCUUUUUUUUUUUUAAAUCCCUUCUCUCUCUUUGCGCAUUUUCCCUUCCUGUCCUUCGUUUGGGGGGGAAACCGCACCGUUAUCCCAAGCCGAAGGGAAUACCAGGGGCAUCGUUUUCGUGUCGGGCUCUGUCUUUCUUUUCUCUUUUCCUCUCUAAUCAUGGAAAACAUAAAUGUGGAGACAGUGGAGAAGGAGUGCGGCGCGCUCGGCGGACUCUUCCAGGCGAUUGUCAAUGACAUGAAGUGUUCAUAUCCGGUCUGGGAGGACUUCAGUGCCAAGGCUACCAAGCUGCAUGCCCAGCUCCGAACCACCGUGCUUGCAGCAGUGGCUUUUCUGGAUGCCUUUCAAAAGGUGGCAGAUAUGGCAACCAACACACGAGGUGCCACCAGAGACAUCGGCUCAGCACUGACCAGGAUGUGUAUGCGCCACCGCAGCAUCGAGGCCAAACUACGCCACUUCACCAAUGCUCUGAUGGAAAGCCUGAUCACUCCUCUACAGGAGCGGAUUGAGGACUGGAAGAAAACAGCCAAUCAGCUGGAUAAAGACCAUGCCAAAGAGUAUAAACGAUCUCGCCAUGAGAUAAAGAAGAAAUCUUCAGACACUAUGAAACUACAGAAGAAAGCAAGAAAAGGCCGUGGAGACCUGCAGCCUCAGUUAGACAGCGCCAUGCAGGAUGUGAACGAUAUGUACUUACUGAUGGAGGAGACGGAGAAGCAGGCAGUACGGCGCGCUCUGGUGGAAGAAAGAGGACGCUUCUGUACCUUCAUCAGCUUCUUACAGCCUGUAGUGAAUGGAGAAAUUGCCAUGCUGGGAGAGAUCACACAUCUGCAGGCUAUUAUUGAUGACCUCACUGUGCUAACGACUGAUCCCCACAAACUGCCUCCCGCCAGUGAGCAGGUGAUAAAGGAUCUGAAAGGUUCAGACUACAGCUGGUCCUACCAGACACCUCCAUCCUCCCCUAGUAGCUCUGGCUCUAGAAAAAGCAGCAUGUGCAGCAGUGUGAACAGCGCCCACAGUAGUGCCUCUCGCUCGUCGGGAGGCUCGCAAACUCACUCACCCAGUUCGUCCUGUCGCUACCGCAGCCUGGCACAUCCACCUCCAGGAGGUGCCCACCGCCUCAGCAGUGUCUCCUCCCACGACUCGGGCUUCAUCUCUCAGGAUGCCAACAUCUACUCCAAACCCCCCUCACCCAUGCCCUCGGACAUCACCAGCCAGAAGUCAUCAAGUUCAGCAUCUUCAGAGGCCUCAGAAACAUGUCAGUCAGUGAGUGAAUGCAGCUCUCCUACAACAUUUGGCUCGUCCUUCGCUACCUUCCGCCCUGCUCUCUCUCACACUGGCUCCAUCAGGCCUUUCUCUGUCAUACUUCCUGCGUCCCCACCCUAUAGUCGCUCCCCCGGAUCCAACACUUCCUCUCCCACAUCAAAGGUUCCUUGCUGGAAGGAUUGGUCCAAGGCAGGCUUGCAUGAGCAGCCAGCAGCCAACACGCUCCAGAGGAGGAAGGAGACGAGAGAAUCAGAAUCAUCGCCCCAGUCUCAAGGUUAUACUGCGGUGCAUCCUGAUGAUCCCCAGAGGCCCAGGAUGACCCCUGCCACCAUUGCAGCUAAGCAUGGUGAGGAGGUGUCCCCAGCAGCCAGUGACCUGGCCAUGGUGCUUACUCGUGGCCUCAGUAUGGAGCAGCAGAAGAGCAGCAGAGACUCCCUUCAAUACUCUAGUGGAUACAGCACUCAGACGACCACACCGUCAUGCUCUGAGGACACUAUUCCCUCCCAGGGCUCUGAUUAUGAUUGCUACUCUGUAAAUGGUGAUGCUGAAGCUGAUGGCCAGUCUGAAUUUGAUAAAUCGUCCACAAUCCCACGCCACAGCAAUAUUGCUCAGAACUACCGCCGCAUGAUCCAGACCAAACGGCCAGCCAGCACAGCUGGCUUGCCCAGCGCCAUGGCUGCCCAGGGAGGCUCUGGUAGUGGGGGUGGAGGAUCGGGCACUCCCGGCACAGCCACCAUCCGCCGGACACCCUCCACAAAGCCAGGUGUGAGGCGCACCCUCUCCAAUGCAGGCCCCAUCCCUAUCCGGCCACCCAUAGUGCCAGUUAAGACACCCACCGUGCCUGACUCGCCUGGUGGCUACCCAGGGCCUCCAGCGCGUGUGGGCAGUGAGGAGUGUGUGUUCUACGCAGCAGAUGAUGCCUCUCCUGCUGCUAUGGAGUAUGUCAAGGCUUCACCGAAGCGCCUGAGCCUGCCCAACGCAGCUUGGGGCACAGCGGGUGCUGAGAUGAGUGUGUACGGGCAGCCGGGAGAAGAAGACCAGCUGCUAGCCGCUAAUCGUCACAGCCUGGUGGAAAAGAUUGGUGAGCUGGUGGCCAGUGCCCAAGCCCUGGGAGAUGGCCAGUACCCUUUUCCCUCACUGGCACCAGAGGGCCAGACCGAUCCACAGAGUAAAUGUCCCCCGCAGGAAGGAGAGGACAUGCUGGUAUCUAUCCGUCGAGGUGUCCGACUGCGCAAGACCGUCUCCAAUGACCGUUCAGCACCACGCAUAUUGUGACAGCUGUUAGAGAGAUAAAUGAAGGUGCAGUUUAAAAAAAAAAGCACUCCACGCGGACUCUGUAGAGAACCACCUAUGAAAAGAAGAGGAUUAAAAAAAUUCAGUUCAAUGUUUAAAAGAAGUCGUUAUAGUAAGUAACGAUCAUGAGAAAAAAAAUAGAAGUAAAAUUCUAAAUAACAACAGGCUCAGGCCACUGUAACUUGUAGCGUGUCUGGACGCAUGUUUGUCUUAUUAACACUACCCAUCAUGGCAGGAUAGUCAGGCUCUAGCAAGACACUGGGCAGAUGCAAGAACAAGGAAUCGGGACAUUAGGGGACAAGGAUCUUCGAAAACACAAACAUCCCCUAAUUCUGGACUCCAGGAAUUAGUGCUGGAAAAGCUCGUCUAAUGAAUGGAGGACGGUCGGGGUGCAUAGUCUCGUAAAGAGACUCUCCCUGUAUUUCGCCCAACUGCCACCUCCAGCUCUGUGACAUCACACUGUCAGCUGAAACAAUGGCAACAGAGCUGUCUGAGAUUGGUCAGUGUGACUGUCAAUCAGGCUGAAGAUGAGCGGGGCUCUGCUGCAGGUCAGCUUGUGGUUUUGGAAAUGAUCUUCUUUUAGCAAACCUCUUUUAGCUUGUUUGUUUAUUUCUAAGCAAUUAAUCUUGAUUGCAGAACCUGAAGUUGAAGGUGUGUAUAUCAGGUGUAUGUAUUUUUUAGAACUGACCUAAAAAAAAUGCCAAUAUAAUGUGGAGCAAUAAUCUUUCUGUUCAAGAGUUGAAGAAAGACAGAAUUAGAAGAAUAGUUUUUAAUGCAAGUAGGUGCAGAGGUUGUAGACAGGGCAAAGCCUUGGGUAAUUUGGUUCUGGUUAAGAUAUUAGCGGAAGGAAGUGGAGGCCAAGAAAAGCAAAUAGGAAAGCCAAGCACUUUGAAGACACAGUAUUGGCCAUUAGGGGUCAGUGUAGCUGCACUGUGUACAGUAAAUGCUGAGAGGAGACGAGCUGCUUACCCUAAAGCAGGGGGCCAAACUCAGGGCAUGUAGGGCUAAAGUCCAGCACAGUUUGGUGAUUUGUGCAUGCUGUUAAAGAAAGUAACAUAUUAAACAAUCGACCAUUUUUAGAUAAAAACAUCGCCUAUUUACACAGCUGUCUAGGAUCUACAGAGAAGCAGGUGAUAUAGCCAAAGGCUAAUGAACAACUGUCACAAGGAUGAUCUGAUUUGAUUUAGCUUUCUACUGUUCAGGGUGGUCGAUUUUUUUAAAAAAAAAACAGAAACUUUUCAUUAUUUUUAAAAGCAUUGGCUCUGUUCUUACAGAAUGUGUUAGCCAACUGGCUAUGAAGAGCAACCCUACCUAUCAUAAAUGUUCAUAAUCUUCAGUGCUAACACUUGCUAGCUGUUUACCAUAAGCAAACCUGACAGGAUUUUUCAAAGGAUUAGGUAAUACUGUUGAUAAAAAUGUUCAUAAUCCACAAUGCUAAGGCUAGUUAGCAGUCUAGCAUGAGUUGCAGUAUUUCUGAGUGGAUUUUAAAGUUGUAUUUAUAAAUUUCAAUAAUAGUUAAUGCUAAAUCAACAAAUCAAGUCAAAUCAAGGAUAACACUGGCUAGCUGGCUAAUAUAUAACUUGGGAAGAUAUCCGAGACCACUUUGAAUGUAGAUGUAGAAGGCUUGAAUGCCCACUCAGAAAUGUUUGAAGGGCAUGUUUUAAGAUCAGACAAGACAUUUUCCUGCUCAAAACCGAUUUAGUGCAUCAGUCAUUACCAAGUGAAAAAGACGAGGGUAUAAAAAUACCUACUAGGUGUAGCAAGUGUGUUAGAGCAGAAAUCACCACACUGGACUGACCUCUGGCCUAACACAGCUAUAGUGGAGCACCCCUGCCCUACGGAUACAGAAAGACUUUACAGAUGGCGUGAUAUUGAAAUGAGUGGAAAAGAAAGUGAAUCAGAUGUGUAAAUGAAGGAGUGAGUUUGGGUGGUAAGUGAUUAGAUUUUUUUUUAAACUCUUCCAAAUUGAGAAUAUAUCCUUUUUUCAUGAAUUGAGGUGAGGUGGUCUCACCUUUAGAUCCUGAGCCUCCAACCACACCGCUCUGACUCAGCUAGAAAUCCUGGAGGUUGGUAAAUGAGCUGAGAUGAAGGCACAAACCUGGUAGUCAUAUGAAAACGAAAGGAAAGAGAUUGUGUAGAGUCUGGUGUGGAAGCACAGAGAGAAAUGAGGAUGAGAAACACAGAAGGCAAAGGACAGACAUCCAGUGCUUUAUAAUGUGAGCAUUCCACUGCCUGAUAUAGAAAAUAGGACAUGUUAUGAAAUUAAACAAUGUGGCAUUUUAUAAAAUAUCGCAUGGACGCAGCAGUUUCCUGUGAGUACCCAUUUCAAAGUGUGACGGGAAAGAAUGCCUUUUGGAUUUGGAGUGGGUGAUAGGUGGCCAAAACACUGUUUUAGUCCUGUAGUAUCUGUCUGUGAGUGACCUUCUGUGCUCCCAUGGUUCACUAUAACCCCUGCCGUCUCGCAUAGUUCUGUCGCUCGAAAUGACCACUACAUGUGCGACUAAAUGGACACGUAAUACUUAUUAAUAUUUUCUGUUUGUUUUGGGAUUAUUUAUUUUGCAUAAAUAGAGCACUCUGUUUUAGGAAUGCCUGUCUUUUAGGAAUUAAAAAAAAGUGUAUCUAUCUGCUUUGCAAGAGUGUAUACGACUGUACCAGAAGGAAUGGCGUGAGAGGGGCACGAGACUGGUAUUAUAUGCCAGGUGCAAUGAUGAUCACUCUUUCAGGAAGUACAGUAUGGCUCUGUAUAUAUAAUCACAUAUAUACAGUAGAUACAUAUACUAUAAAAGGAGGUGGACAGUAACUGUACUACUCUCACUGGUUAAAAUAACAUCUGUCACAUUGUCCAAAAGUUUGGGAGAAGGGGUAAAAAGUAAAGGUCAAGUCUGUGACAGCAAUAUAGCAGAGUUUCUAGUCAAAAGGAAAAAAAAAAAAGAUCAUGUCUAAUAAUAAGUCAGUAUUUAUUAUACUGUUUGACUGUGUAACAUGCUAAUUUCUUGUCAUGCUUACAUUGCUCUGAUAUUUCAUACUGACCCUGAUAUGAACACAUGCAGUGAGUGUGAGAAAGACCAAGGGAAGGAAGGAUGAAAGAAAGAGAACUGAGUGAAGAAGAAAGACACAGUACAAUGGGGAUGCAAAACAGCAAAAUAUAGCAGACAGAAAUGUACUGAGACAUGAAACCACUAAGAAGGAAUGAUUAAAUUGCACUGGGAGAUGGAGACAUAAGAAGAAGAACAAAACAAGUAAAGAAUUAUCAUCCUCACUGUUUCUCUGUAUCAGGGGUGUCAAAUUCCAUUCCAGGAGCUAAAUUUGAACAAUUUUGUUUUCCUGCACAACUUAACCAGAUCUCAAUUAUCUGAUAAGAUAAAUCAAUAAAUAUACAUAUUAGAGACCUAGAUACCUAAUGAAGUCAUUCAGUACACAGACACUAUAACUGCUCCCACUCUGUGCUGUAAAAUGAACAGAUAUCUGUGGACAAAUUAUAAGAAUAUUGUUGUGGGAAGACAUUUCAAAUGUAAGACUUCUUUAAUUGCAUCAAUAUUUAAAUGUGUAACUGCUGUACACUUGAGAAUGUAUCGUCUAGCAUUUCUAGAGGUUAGCUAGAAAACCGUCUCAAAAUUUUAGCUGGCUAGGUUAGCUUGCUAGUUUAGACUAUUUGGCCUAAAGCAUAACUGUCAUAUGUUUGGGAACAUAUUGUCCAGCAGUUCUAGAAGUUAUUUAGAGAUCUGUCGCUAAAGUUUAGUCAGCUAUGUUAACUUGCUGGUUUAGACUAUUUGGUGAGACUGUUUGGUAAGCAAAUAAUGUGACACAUUGGAACAAAUAGCCACUUAGCAUGUUUAUGAGUGUAAUUCACGUGGUGACACUAUUUUACAGACUCAGUGGGAUUUUUUUAGGGGCCUUUAAUAUAAGGUGAAAAUCUUAAGGGAGUAUGCACCACUUAAGCUAGUAUUGUGCCCUCUAUUGGCUAUAUAGGUUUCUAAUAUGUGUAACUGUGGUUGAAUCAGGUGUGUUAAAGCAGAAAAUCUCAAACUGUUUAGUGCUGUGCUCCUCAAAGAGUGACGAUUUGAUCUCCCCCACAGUAAUCUAUUAUAACAUGCUUCUUCUUCUUCUUCUUAAGCCCUCUGCUUGAAAAUCAAAUACAAAACCUGACAAUUUGCCAUUUUUCCAGUGAAGGUGUUUCCAUCAGACUUAGUGACUGAUAGACAACAAGCAGAACAUUUGCAGGUAUAUUCAGAAAUAUUUCAGCACUUAGCCAGUAGCCUAAAGAACCCAGUUAAAAUGAGUCUGGUGUAUAAGUUGUUCAAAGCAACCCUCUGUUUGUCAACUACUGUAUAUGCGCACAAAUGAAAGACGAGCACAGUAGAGCAGUGUGUAAUAUUUAUAAUACUGUGCACAGCAUGGCCGAAUGACCAAAUCAGUCAUGUUUAUUGUAUUUUCAGUGGACAUAAAUGAUUUGGUCAGGCAUUUCACCUAAUAUUUUUUAACCUUAUGUGACGUAGUCACUUUGUUUAUCCAGCCUGUCCACAAAAUCAGCUUUCUUUAGCUUUCUUCAGCAUAUUGAAUUAAGUUAUCCAUUUCUAAUUUGAUUUGCUUACAUGCGCCACUGCAUCACAGUAACAAAACUCCGUUCCAACAGAAAAUAAUGCAGUAUUAAACUUGUGCAUGUAUUGUGCAACUAAAAUGUGAACCAGAUCUGCUAGGGGCAGUGAACAAGAAGGGUCUAUGUAUAACUAAUUCAGAUAAAUUGGAUGGAAUCCUGGCUAUUGGCACCACUGAACUAAACCGUCACUCAGCACACACAGGCAUAAAAACACACUUGCUGUAUCACCUGUCUCGGUGCUCAGGUGACUCACCUGUCUAUCUUUUCCUCUUCUUUAACAGACCUCUUUGCAUCAUUCAACAAUUCAGUCAUUUCCACCAUAGGCUGUGCUUGUUAAAAUUCCUUCUUCAUGCAUUAUUCAUAUGCAGCCAACAGUCAAACACUGAUCUUUUUAUACUAUUAUUUCUUAUUUUUUAUGCUAGUACUUUUUAAAGAGCACACUGAUUGUGGAUGGUGUGACUGAGCUACACACUGUUUCUGCCUAAGAAGCUAAUGAAAUCCUUCUGAUGAAAAUUGAUAUCUUGCGUUAGCACAGGCGACUGAGUGAAGCUCUGUUCUCACUCAUUCCUAUAUCUCUGCAAAAUCCUUCAGUGGCUUGGGAUAUGAACUUUAGCAAUCUAUUCUACUGUACAUGAACUAGACUACAGUCUGUAAAGCAACACUCAAACUACAUGAUAGUCUGCUUUUGCUGUCAUGCAUCUGUACAUACUUAUGAAUUUCUUAAUAAUUGUGCUUCCUCUUUUGCUUGUUCUUUCCUGCUGAUUAGGACUAUCUUACUUCCAUACAUUUCCUUGAUUUCAAUUAAAUUGCAACACAUUCUUAGCCACACAGGUGUAUGAAAAUAACUGAAUUAUUAUACAUAGAAAUGUGUAACAAAAGCGCAUUCAUUACUACUUCAGAAAUGCCUGUUUAUGAGAUUAUCCAUAUAAACAUUGCAAGUUUCCAUUUAUUUACUUACCAAAAGCUGAUUAACAGUGGUAGGACAGAUGUGGCCAUUAAUGCUUGUGACCUAAUUUCCCCAGUGGUGGGAAAAGAGUAGCUGCAGUUCUGAAAAAAGCUAAAUAUCCUGUGUUAAAUGUGCUUUGGAAGUCUAAGAAUCACUCAGCCAUGCCCAAACUAAAAGUGCAGCAUGUCUUUCAUCCGCUUGGCCUUGCAUUGCUCAUCAUAUUUCUGCUGAAGGCCUGAUUUACGUAUAUAAUGCCCCCUCGUUCUCACCCACUCAUACUCAAGCUCAGAAAUAUCAGCCAUCAGUGGAACCUAUGCUUCCUCUUGUCAUUAGCGCUGCCAAACAGACAGCAUGAUGCAAGCAGGUACCAUGGCAACCUGGCCCAAUCUCUGAACAGCGCCUUUCUGUCUCCUGCACAAAACCUCUAAAUUCCUUGGUUUUCUCUCACAGAAACACUUUCGCUUUGACACUUCUGACCACUAGAACACUGCAUCGAUGUGACCUGACUUUAGCCACUGUCCUUAAACCACUUUCCUAGUUCUCAUACUUGUGAAGAGAAAUAAAGUGUGCGUUUUUUUUUUUUGUUUUUUUUUUUUUGUACAAAACCCCCGCAGUUCCUCCAAUGGAGUCAAGUAAGACUACAGGUGCUCUCGUCUCUGUUCUGCUUCUAUAUCUCUGUCCUUUUUCACUUUAAUUUAUUGUGUUGUUUUUUUUCUUUUCUGAAGCUAAUCUGCCUCUAUUGCUGAUGACAAAUAUUCCUUUUUUGUAAGAUUUAUUCUCUUCAUUUUGUUAACUUUAGUCACUGCUAUUGUAACAAAACGCACUGUGAUGAUCCCAGUAUUAAUAAAAGUUGUACUUAAAUGGUG